AUGUCUUGGAAGAUCUCGAAAGCGACACUUGCCGACGUACCCGCCAUAACAUCCAUAUACUCUCAAGACGAGCUCACGCCAUUCAUCAAGCUUUGUCUAGGAUCGUUGAAUCUGUUGGCACUGAACUUCAACCAGGCGGCACGUAUUGCCGAGAGCAUACAGGAUCCAGAACAAGCGUGGUUUGUGGCUCGAGAUGAGCGCAACAGGAUAGUCAGCUUUGCAGAAUGGGGUAUGCCCAAGGCUGAGGCGGAUGGCGAAGAACAGAUGGCAGAAGAGCUGGCCGAAGUGCAAGAAGCGUACGAAGACUCGAUCGCAGCGGGAAUGAACUCAGGCCUUGUUGUCGAGUUCAGGCAUCGAGUUACAAAGCUCCGCAAUGACGUGCUGCGUGGACGAAGACACUAUUUACUAAUGAAUAUUGGAACGAUGAAGACGAGUCGGCAAAAGGGAGCGGCGACAGCGCUCGUACAGAGAGCGAUUGAAGCCGCGGAUCGAGAAAAGGUUAGCAUAUAUUUGGACACAGUGUCCGAGGGGCCCGCCAGAGGGCUGUUUGACAAGCUGGGGUUUGCAGAAGUUGGCAGAUUCGACAUGGAUCUCGCCGAGCACGGUGGCCAAGGCAGUCACUCGCAUAUCGGCAUGAUUAGAUGGUCUUGGGGUCGUGUCGACUCGCCGACGAAGGCCUGA